AAUCAUAUUCUUCAGUUGAGCUUUGGAGGCGGCCGAGGUCGAGUUCGAGCUGAGCCUGUUCGUCCUGCUCGACGUGGUCAUUUAUAGCACUGAUUCACCGUCCCCAAUCCAUGCCUUCUCCCAAUGUCGAUCUACCUCGGAUCACCACACUCCUGUCUCUCCCUCCACGGCGCAAGGACAUCGACGCCGGUGCUCAGAUCGCACAACGCCGAUCAAGGGUUUUGUUACUUCGGAGUGUAAUGACGCCAGCCGCGGUCAGGAUCGCCGCCUCGCGGCGUGCGAUCGACGGCGUGAGUGAAGAGCUCAACUCUGUGGCGUCGCAGAACCUUGACACGGCUGCCGUUCGGCGGCGAGUCCGCGCGGCAUUUCACGAAGUGCAGGAGCGGCUUGAUCACUUCCUUUUCAAGGCAGCUCCGUCUGGUAUAUUAAUGGAGGAGAGGUACGAGAGGAAUGCCAAGGGCAUGGAGAUUUUUUGGAAGAGCUGGCUUCCGAACCUUGGCACCACCACCAAGGCUACCCUCUUUUUUUGCCAUGGCUACGGUGACACCUGCACUUUCUUCUUUGAAGGGAUUGCAAAGAGGAUUGCAGCGGCAGGAUAUGGAGUCUAUGCCAUGGACUUACCUGGAUUUGGUCUCUCAGAUGGUUUGCACGGCUACAUCCAUAGCUUCGAUGAGAUGGUAGAUCUUGUCAUAGAGCAGUAUGCCCAUAUUCGAGAAAGAAGGGAAGUUGUAGGGUUGCGACACUUUCUCCUUGGUCAAUCCAUGGGUGGUGCUGUGGCUCUUAAGAUCCAUCUAAAACAGCCCAAAGAAUGGGAUGGCGUGGUGCUUGUUGCUCCUAUGUGUAAGAUUGCAGAAGAUGUGACUCCGCCUGCUGCCAUUUUGAACGCAUUAUCUCUGCUGUCAUAUAUUUUACCUGAAGCGAAGUUGUUUCCACAGAAAGAUCUUGGUGAUCUAGCAUUCAGAGAUCCUGAAAAAAGAAAAAUGGCUGAAUUUAAUGUAAUCUCAUAUGCUGAUCAAAUGAGAUUAAGAACAGCUGUUGAGCUUAUAAAGGCAAUUCGUGAGAUUGAGUCAAAGCUUGAGAAGGUGACGUCGCCAUUACUGAUCCUCCAUGGAGCUGCUGACAAGGUGACAGAUCCUAAUGUGAGCAAAUUCCUUUACGACAGAGCUUCCACAGAGGAUAAGAGCCUCAGGCUUUAUGAGGGAGGAUAUCAUGCUCUUCUCGAGGGAGAACCCGACGAAAGGAUUUCUCUUGUUAUUGCUGAAAUCAUUUCCUGGCUUGACUCCCGAGUAUCCGUUCAGUAGCUUUAGACAUUUUUUUGUGAAAAGUUGUUAUAUUAUUAUUCCGUAGAAAUUAAUUUUAUCUGCAUGUUAGAAUUCCUUCGUUUUGCGGAGAUUGAUUGUUGGAAUUAUAAAUAAUCUAUCUGUCAGCCGCAGUCUUCAACAUUAUGAAUAAUUUGUUUUCAUGUUCUUGAGUUUUGUGGGAGUUCUUGGUAUGUUUUGGAUGUAAUUAUAUGCAACUCUUUAUACAUUUGCACAAAUGCGGGUU